CCGCUAAAGGCCGCUGGAAGAAGGGGCUGUGUCACUCUAGUUUCUCUUGGUGGCGCGCCAAGUUUGACAGAUGGAUUGCCUCGUCCUUGAUUCCUGUCCUCUAAAAUAAUAUUAUACACUUUUGCCCUCUUCUACUCUUUUUUCCUUUAAUAUUUUCCUAUCGUCUCUACGGCGGCCAUUCCUUUUGUCUUACCGCAGCGUGCGUUCAGACCGUUUCAUCAUCACCGCUGGCCAUUCCCCGACCGCCGCGUCACCCGUUUCCCGCACGGCUUCGCCACCACCCCUUUGCCGUGUGCCCGACGAUACCUUCACUCAACCAUCCCUCUUGUUGCUACAUCGCCAGAUUAAUCGCUACCUGCAAACAUGGCGGGAGGAUACGCGAGGGUAUGUACCGAUGAAGAACACCUUUUACCGGGUGCUGACAGACUCCAGGUCAACCCCCAAGACGAUGACGACCAUCACGAGAGCAAGCCUGUCGAGGCCACGCCCAACUCACCGCCGCCCUCUUUUCGCUCACGAGCGUCGUCUACGACACGGAAUAGACAGGUGAAUGCGGAUCUUGAGGAUGCCUUUGGCAGCGACGACGACGAAAGCGACGACGAGACCGACGAUAGACAGCGCCUAGUCUCGCAGACUACGCCGACAACUACCACACCCCCUUCAUCAACAAGCAGCACUACACAGCAGCGAUAUGCACCCGUCCCUAGCACGCCUGUAGGCCGAGUUAUUGGCGGAGGCAGCGGCAGCGACGGCGUAUUUGCCAACAUGUCUGCCAGACCAGAACGCACCAACGGAGCCUCUGAAAAGGACGAGCAGCCACCGACGUACGAGCAAGCUGCAGCUGACCAGGCCCCUCCAUACUGGGAGACCAGCAUCCUGGUGCCCGGCCUUGGCGGCUACGACGAAGUCUUCGUGGACGGCAUGCCCGUGGGCUCCGUCUUUUCGUUUGCAUGGAACGGCAUGAUUUCAACAUCGUUCCAGUUUGUCGGUUUCUUGCUGACAUACUUGCUACACUCGACACACGCUGCCAAGAACGGCUCGCGAGCUGGUCUGGGCCUCACUAUGAUUCAGUACGGCUUUACUAUCCGCGACGACCUCGACUCCGAGACGCCAGGCGCACACGGCCCCGAUGGCUACGCUGCGCCAAAGGACCCCAACUCGCACAACCUGGACGCUGCCGAUGCAGCCGGCUCUGCGUACGACCAAAUUUCCGUGGAGGAGUGGUUCUCGUAUGUCCUCAUGGUGGCGGGCUGGUUCAUCCUGAUCAAGUCGGUGGCCGACUUUUUGCAGGCCCGCAAGACGGAGCAGCUCAUAAUGGAGAGCCCGAGCCGCGGCCUGAAUGUGCCUAUUAUUGCGGAUGGCGAGUCUUCUGAGCAUGUCGUCUAACCUAAAAGACAUGUCGAGCAAGGACGUUGUUAUUAUACAUAUUAUAUACGAGAGAAGGGCAUUGGCGAGAUUGAUGGAAAUCUGGCUCCGGCGUUAACUUUGGAUUGGACUGCAUUUUCGGUUUCUUUAUGAGUGUAGAAGAAGCCUGUCGCUCUAGCAAGCAUUUCAUUUUUGUAGUGAAUACACACUAAUCAAUCAACAUGACAGUCAAUAGAUUAUGUUUGUGAGAAUGUGG